AUGUUUAAAAAUCUAGACCCCACCCCCAGUGAAACGGUGGACCAGAGUUUCUCCUCAGUGCCCAGGAUCACCCGCGACUCUGUGAGACAGUACCUGCAGUUUCACCCAGACCAGACCGUGCGCAUACUCCAUGCCCGGGUGGCACAGAAGUCAUAUGGCAAUGAGAAACGAUUCUUCUGCCCCCCGCCAUGUGUUUACCUCAGCGGAUCAGGCUGGAAACUCAAACAGGAGCAUCUGAAAGCUACCGGACUCGGGGAGGCCAGUUGUCGACUCUGUGGAUAUAUGAGCCUGGACAGCACGGAGGGCAACCAGGCGGACACCAUCAAGCUAAACUUUGAGGAGCAGUCUGAUAACAGGAUGUUUGCCUGUGCUAAGACCCUGUACAUAUCGGACACGGACAAGCGGAAACACUUCCGCCUGGUCCUGAAGCUCUUCUUCAGCAACGGGCUAGAGGUGGGCUCUUUCUACAGCAGGCUGAUCAAAGUCAUCUCCAAGCCGUCGCAGAAGAGACAGUCCAUGAAGAAUGCUGACUUGUGCAUUUCCUCAGGAUCUCGUGUUUCCCUGUUCAACCGGCUGCGCUCUCAGACAGUUAGCACACGGUACCUGGCUGUGGAGGACGGCGCGUUUGUGGCCAGUGCCAGACAGUGGACUGCCUUCACCAUCACUUUAGUGGGAGACGAGUCGUCAGAGCAUGGGGAGUAUUCGGUGUGUGAGGGCUACAUCUGCUAUGGCUGUGUGGUACAGCUAGUCUGCACGGACUCUGGAGUGUCUCUGCCUCCGAUGGUCAUUCGGAAGGUCAAUAAGCAGCAUGCCAUUCUGGACGUGGAUGAGCCAGUCUCUCAGCUGCACAAGUGUGCGUUCCAGUUCAAGGACAACAACCAGAUGUACUUGUGUCUCUCCAACGAGAAAAUCAUCCAGUUCCAGGCUUCUCCAUGUCCGAAAGAGCGGAGUAGAGAGUUAUUAAACGACGGCUCCUGCUGGACGAUCAUCGGGACGGAGACGGUGGAGUACACCUUCAGUGAGAGUCUCACCUGUAGCCAGGGCUCCAUCAGCCCUGUACCUGUCAUCACGGCGCUGGAGUUGAAUGGGGGAGGCCAUGUAGCCAUGCUGGAGUUGAAUGGUGAAAAUUUUGGCCCUCACCUAAAGGUUUGGUUUGGAGAUGUGGAGGCAGAGACAAUGUUCAGAAGCCCUAAAUCCAUGUUGUGCGUGGUGCCCGACGUGUCCGUGUUCAGCGGGGAGUGGCGGUGGCUCCGGUGCCCCAUCACCGUGCCGCUGUCCCUGCUGCGACUGGACGGUCUCAUCUACCGUAGCCCCUUCUCCUUCACCUACACCCCCGAGCAUGGCGCCCCGGCACAGCUGCGCCGGCCCAGCGCCGAGCACACCGCCGACUCCGACACGCUCAUCGACACCAUCCACCAGGAGUUCACCCGCACCAACUUCCACCUGUUCAUGCAGAGCUAAUAUAGCGCCAUGCAGAGACAUCUGGCUAUGAGUGUGUCUGUGACGCUUUGAGUGUGUGUGAUGCUUUGAGUGUGUGUGAUGCUUUGAGUGUGUGAGACCCUUUGAGUGUGUGAGACACUUACAUGCCAGGGGUGAGUAACAGUUUCCACCGUAAGUUGUAUGAAUGUAAUAAUUAUUCAGUAGCCAUACAUCUAGACACAGUGAUUUGUAUAAUCUUAAAGACAACCACGGGUGCCUAAAUUAUGUGGAUCCAUGUGUCUAUUAUGUGUUUGAAGUCUUUGCAUGUGAUUGAUGGUCAUAUACACAUUAAUCUGUCAGUUAAGGAUUAUGCAUUCUUAUCAUCAUCAUGGCAUCAGUAUGGAUAAAAAUUACAUAAAAGAGUAAUAACCAAAUCAUUCCAUCACAUUCUGCAUUUUUUGUGUAUUCCGUACAAUCCAAAUGUUUGGCAUGUUUGGCAUUCUUCACCUGCCCUUGUUAUCUGUGUGCCUAUUGAAAGUAUUGGAUGGCAGGGGCAAUUACACUCAGAGAGCCUCAGCCAAGGGGGCUGCUGUGCUGUUUUGCUCUUGGCUUCCAGCUGCCUCUGAUAGCUAUCGCUUGACCUGGGAAGACCAGCAGGCCAGUACCCCAGAACAAUGCAGCCUUGUAGUGCAGAUCACCCUGGCUGAGGCUGCCUGGCAUGUCCCCAAAGCAAUAUCUUCUGCACUUCAAAUACACAUACCAGUUAGCUGAAUUCCUGAACAAAUGGAUAUAAUUGGAUAGGACAUCAUAGGAUAGGAUACGAGCACAACUUACAGUAUCACUGCUGCCAUCAAUAAAUCAUCUGAGAGUAAAAAAGGUCUAUCUAUCUUGCGUGUCCAGACAUUUGAGUUGUA